CUAAAAAACCAAGUAAAUCUAACAUCUUUUCCCCCAUGGCCACUCACACCAACAAGAAGCUUUCUACAACCAUUCUCAUCCUUUCUCUUCUAUUCUUCUCCACUUUCGCUACCGCUUGUGUUCCAUGCACUCCGACCAAGAAGCCACCGCCGGUCAAGCCACCAACGGUCAAGCCACCAACGGUCAAGCCACCAACGGUCAAGCCACCAACGGUCAAGCCACCAACGGUCAAGCCACCAACGGUCAAACCACCAACGGUAAAACCACCGACGGUGUACCCUUCUUGCCCUAAGGACACCCUCAAACUUGGGGCUUGUGUUGACGUACUUGGUCUAGUCAAUGUGGUAAUCGGGGGAGACCCAUAUGCUAAAUGUUGUACCUUGCUUGAAGGAUUGUCUGAUCUCGAGGCUGCUGCUUGUUUAUGUACCGUCAUUAAGGCUAAUGCACUUGGACUCAACUUGAAGGUGCCCGUUGCUCUUAGUGUUCUUGCUAAUGCAUGUGGAAAGAACCUUCCUUCGGGCUACCAAUGUGCUUAAGUGUGGGGAAUGAGAAUAUGCGACGGUGAACCCUAGAACCAUUGUCAAACUAGUUUUACGACGAUGAAUUAAUUCUCGCCUUGGCGUUGAGUGAUUGUGUGAAGUGGUUUUAGUUUAAUGUGCGUGGUUUAUUUAUGUGUUUGUAAGAAGCAAAAACUCAUUUGCUUUAAUUAGUAUUACGGAGCAUGUAAUUGUUGUUUCAUGUUGAAGAAGUAAUCCUUCUUUUCAUUUUAAA